AUGCACCCGUUCUAUAAUACGUAUGGCAGUGGUGGGAACGUUGAACACCUGUAUGAUGACAAUUGGGUAGCGCCACCAUCCAAUACACCGAUGAAGGAUAUCGAAGCAUGUUUAGAAACUGUAUCGAGUACAAAUAUACAAGCAAUUAAAUCAACUUCUCAUCAAUCAUAUUUAUCACCAGACAGAAAAAGACUGGAUGCAGUGGCCAACAGUCAAGAACAUCCAAAACUUUCUGGAGUUGGAGCCGCAUUAGAAAUGAAACAUUUAUGGGAAGAGUUUAACGAGCUCGGUACAGAAAUGAUCGUCACCAAAGCUGGCAGAAGAAUGUUCCCUACAUUCCAAGUCCGAUUGUAUGGUUUGGAUCCAGUAGCAGAAUAUAUGCUCAUGAUGGAUUUCGUUCCUGUAGAUGAUAAGAGAUAUAGAUACGCAUUUCAUAGUUCAAGCUGGGUGGUCGCUGGUAAAUCGGAUCCUAUAUCACCCCCUAGAGUACAUAUUCAUCCAGAUUCACCGGCGUCUGGAGGACAGUGGUUGAAACAAGUUGUGUCAUUCGAUAAACUAAAGUUGACCAACAAUCAAAUGGACGACAAUGGGCAUAUUAUCCUUAAUUCAAUGCAUCGAUACCAACCCAGAUUCCAUGUACUCUACAUUCCAGGAAGAGACGAAGGCUCUUCAAAUUCCACAAACAAUUUUAAAACAUUUAUGUUUCCAGAAACCAAAUUUACAGCCGUCACUGCUUAUCAAAACCACAGGAUAACACAGUUAAAAAUCGCCAGUAAUCCAUUCGCAAAAGGAUUCAGAGACUGCGAGACUGAAGAAUGUGGCCCUAUGUCUAUUGAUAGUGAACCACAAGCCGCCAAUAAUAAAUCGCAAUGCAAAAAAAAUAUCACUGGAAUCCAUAACAACAAUAAUUGCGUUCAGUUCCCAAAUAAAGAAUCAACAGGAAGUUUGGGUGUGAUGGAGAACAUGUACAACAGCGACAGUUCGUCAUCUGCUUCGCCGCCACACAUGCCGGCGCACGGUCAACACCAAAUGCCUCUGAAUGCAACCACAGCGGCUACCACCGCAACCGUACCGGUCACGCCUUACCUGAGUCAAGUGUGCAAUUACGGACCAAUAUUCGCGUCGUCUGCAUAUGCACAUCAUAACUACUCGCCGUUUCACGGAUUAUGA